AUGGGCUCCAGUAUGAAGAAAAAGAAGGAGAAGCAAAAGGACUUCCAAAAAACAAAAUUGAAAGUCGGAAAGACCAAGGCCAAGGCCUCCAAUUUUACAGAUACUAGCUUCAAGUCGAAAGCAAUUGUUAUGGGACACCAGUCCUUGUCGACAGAAGCACCAGACGUCAUCCAGCAGUUCAAGCACAACCUCUCCCUCGCCUCCUCCCGCUCCGACAAGCAGCGCAAAGAUGCUCUCGCCUACCUCACCAGUCAACUCGCCCUCGACCCGCCCGUCAAUCCUGUCGGCACCGCUGCCGUCCUCACAAAGCUCGUCCCCCUCCUCUCCGACAGCGCGACGCCCGUCCGCCAGCAGCUGCUCAAGCUGCUGCGCGUGCUGCCCGGCCGCGACGUCCCGCCCGUCAUCGAGCACACCAUCAUGUUUAUCCGCGCGGGCAUGACGCACCUCUCGAGCGACAUCAGCGGCGACGCCCUCGCAGCCAUGGACUGGCUGCUUGACGUCGCCGCCGACGAGCUCGUGACGUGCCCCGGCGGCUGGGUGCGCACGCUGACGACGUUUUGCGCCGUCAUGGGCUGGGCCGUGGCCUCAUCAACUAAAGGAUGGACGGCGGCGGCCAACGCCCGGACGACGCUCAAGCCCAAGGACGCGCAGAACCGCGCCAAGCAGAUAGCGACGCUGGCCAGGUUCCUGCAGGCCGGCUUCAGGGACGAGGUAGCCGCCGAGCCGACGAGCGCACAGUUCUGGGAUAAUUUAUAUAGGAUGCCACGCUCGGGAAACGCGUUCGAGUAUCUGAACCUGUUCGUGGCACAGCGAGACGAGGAUGCGGAGAUGUACCCCAAUAAAGAGGCUAGACAGCAGAUCUUUCACAAGCGCUUUUUGGACGCGAUUUUGAAAGGGAUAGACCAGGCCAAGAAAGAGGGAGGCGUCACGGGGCGAGCAGCGGUUGGGUUAGAGCAAGUGCUCGCAAAGGGUAUGAAGGAUUUCGAGGUAUCGACAGCACUGGAUACGCAGGACUUGUUGGAUUUAUGGUGA